GAGAGACGACCCAACUCAGAAAUCGCAAGCGCUUCUACUCCCUCUCUGCACUUCCGGAGCAGCACGCACCAGAUGGCCGCGGCAAUGGAGGUCGACGCCGGCGCAGAGAAGCCAUCGGAGAAGGAGCUCUUCCUCGCCGCGGAGUCGGGCGACGCCGACGCCUUCUCCGCCCUCGCCCCCGCCGACCUCGCCGCGGCCCUCUCCCUCCGCAACGAGGACGGCCGCUCCCUCCUCCACGUCGCGGCCGCCUCCGGCCACCCCAAGGUGGUCACCGCGCUUCUGGCGGCGGGGGACGAGGCCGCGGCGGGCGCCGUCAACGGGAAGGACGAGGAGGGCUGGGCGCCCAUUCACUCGGUCGCCAGCAGCGGCAACGCCAAGAUCGUCGAAAUCCUGCUCGACCACGGUGCCGAUGUUGACUUGGCUACUGAUGCUGGCCGAACUGCUCUUCAUUACACUGCUAGCAAAGGACGCCGUGCCAUUGCUGAAACGCUAAUAGCUCGUCAUGCAAAUGUCAACAAAAAAGAUAAGUUUGGCUGCACACCGUUACACAGAGCUGCAAGUACUGGAAAUGCUGAUAUGUGUGAAUGCCUGAUCGAGGAAGGCGCAGAUAUUGAUGCGGUUGACAAGACAGGGCAAUCUCCUCUAAUGCACGCCGUUAUAUGCGAGGACAGAGGGGUUGCCCUUCUGCUAAUUAGACAUGGUGCUGAUGUUGACAUUGAGGAUAAAGAAGGGUAUACUGCACUUGGUCGAGCAACCGAUAGCUUCAGACCUGCGCUGAUUGAUGCAGCCAAGGCAAUGCUUGAAGACUGACAAAUGCUGUUGCUGCCCUAAGGUGAAGAAAAGAGGGGAGACCAUCUGGAAUAGACAAAGUUGCCCUUGAGAACAAUUUUGUUAUGUACUCCCUGUUUUAAGUAUCUGAACACUUGCCAUCUAGAAAAAUCAGGUUGAUCAACUAGACUUAACACUCAUGGUUAAUGAUUCUCGAUUUGGCAUUUUAAGGUGUUAUUAGUGUGA